CUAUCUCCCCCCACCCCCUCACACACAGAGGUUUCUGUCUGAGAGUUGAGGAGCUGUAGGAGGUCGUCAUGAUGUUCAGGAUUACUCACUGCUUACUCAUAGCUAUCAUACUGAUGCCAUUCACCAUAUGUAGAGGUGAGGAGUGUGAGCAGAUCACUGAUCUGGAUCUGAAACACUCUAUAGUCGGUACGUCUCUGGUGGUCCGUCUGAUUCUUUACACGCGUGAAAACGUCACCUGCGGGAAGCUGCUGUCCCAUGAAGACCUUUCUGCCACACCCACUUUUAACCGCUCCCGCCCCUGCACCUUCCUCAUCCAUGGUUACCGGCCCACCGGGUCCCCCCCCAUCUGGAUGAACAGAAUAGUAGAGUCCAUCCUGAGCCGCAGUGACAUCAACGUCAUCGUGGUGGACUGGAACCGAGGAGCAACCAACAUCAACUAUCUCCAGGUGGUGAAGAACACACGGCCUGUCGCCAACAACAUCACACAUUUCAUAAAGCAAGCAGGACUGAACCUCAGUUCCAUCCACAUGAUUGGUGUGAGUUUAGGAGCUCACAUCUCCGGCUUCACUGGUGCAAAUUUUAAUGGCUCCAUUGGCAGGAUUACAGCUCUGAACCCGGCAGGUUGGUUGUUCCGAGGAAAAUAUCCUGACAAGCGCCUGGAUCCGUCUAAAAUGGAUGCUCUGGAUCCGGCAGGUCCGUCGUUCCGAGGAACAUCCCCUGACGAGCGCCUGGAUCCGUCUGACGCUCAGUUUGUUGACGUUCUGCACACGGACAUGGACGCGUUUGGAUAUCGGGAUUCACUCGGACACAUCGAUUAUUACGCAAACGGAGGAUCUGAUCAGCCCGGCUGUCCAAAGAGUAUCUUCUCAGGUUCAAAAUAUUUUAAAUGUGAUCAUCAGCGCUCAGUGUUUCUGUAUUUGGACUCAAUCAAUCAGUCUCGUCAGAUCACAGCGUAUCCGUGUUCUGAUUACUCGGACUUCCUGGAUGGGAAGUGUUUAAGCUGCGAGCGCUUUAUCUCCUCUGGCUGUCCAGUAUUUGGUUACGAUGUGACCAAAUGGAAGGACGUUCUGCUGAAACUCAGACAGACGACGACGUUUUUCACCACAAACCAAGAAGCUCCGUACUGCAAAAGCGGAUAUAAAGUGGAGAUCGUGAGCUGGAACUCUGAGGUGCGAUGGGGGACCAUCACCAUCAUGCUAAAGAACAACGCACAGGAAACAGAGACUCAGAUUGACCACAAGUCAUUUAAAUUCGAGCGGUACACUGAGACCACGUUGCUGGCGCAAUUCAAGCAAGACGUCUAUCCUGUUGAGAAAAUCACGCUGAAGUAUGUGACAGCGAAUGUAUUUACACAUCACUAUAAACUCCGUGUCCUCCGAUUCCGCCUUACUCCUCUGAAGAUCGGCCUGAGACCGAUGUGCCGCUACGAUCUUCUGCUGGAGGAAAACAAAGAGGUCACUUUCAGACCCAUUCCCUGUCACGACUCAAACUUCUGAUCCAGGAACAGAUGCAGAACUCUGAGUGUAUGACCGAUCAUCAUUCGCUCGCUCACUCACUCACUCGCUCACUCACUCACUCGCUGUGUCUCAAAUCACACAGUACACUCUUACACUACACACACUGUAUCUGUGUGUAAUGCCACAUAACAAAUGUUAACAGUUUACACCGGACAGAAAUGACCAGCACAGGGAACCUCACACCACUGAGCUGCCCUGAUGUUCACAGAACAGGAACCAGAACAGGAAUGUUCCUGUUAUCCAACAACAGCAGGAGAACCAGAACAGGAACCAGAACAGGAAUGGGACAACAACAACAGGAGAAUCAGAACAGGAACCAGAACAGGAGGAGAAUCAGAACAGGAACAUGACUAGGACAGGACAGAUGAGGUACAAGAUCAGAACCAGAAACAGAACCAGAACAGGAUCAGGAUGAGAAUCAGGACAGGAACAGUACAGGAACCAGGUCAGGGGCAGGACAGGAUAGAACAGGACUGGGACCAGAAUGGUGACUGAACUAAAACCGGAAUAAGAACAGCACAAGAACCAGAACAGGAACAGAUCAGCCACAGAAGCAGAAAUGGAAUAGAAUGAAGAUCAGAAGAGCACCAGCAGAACCAGGACCAGAAACAUUUCCUACCUAAUUUGGUCCUGUUCUGGUUUCUGUUCUGUAUUUAUCUGUGCUAAUGUAGCUCUGUUCUCCCGCUGGACCAUUUUGAACAUUUCAGAUCUCUGAUGGCUCCGCCCCUUCCUCUCAGUAGAGCAGGCUGCAAGCUCCCUGAGUGAACACAUUAGUGCACUAGCAGUACAUGAUUUGAAACACGGCUAUGGAUCUGUCUUACACAAUCCAGUUUUCAGCCAUUUCCUAAACAAUAAGGCAAAUAUAAUAUUUAAUAUAAAACAAUGUUAGUCAUAAUAAGGCCAAUAAGUGUCAUAUUUCUCUCUGGGGAUGUACAUAGUAUACAGUAUAAUAAAUAUUCAGUCUUUAUGCUAAGUUGCUGUGGCUAUUAAGGGAUUAAAAUGUUAAAAUAUUACCGGCUGUGUUCAUGUGCACAGUGGUGUAGGAUAUAAUAUGAAAUAUUAUUCUCUAAGAAUAUUAAACGUGGCUUUCAUUUAAACAUAAACAGACUCUUUAAAAAAAUUAAAUUUUGUAUUUAUUUUAAUUUAUUAAGUAUGUGCAAAUGUUAUAAUUCUGUGCUUUUGUAAAACAAAAUUUCUAAUAAAACACACGUUUAUGAUGA